AGCUGCUGGGAAAACUUCAGACGUCAUUUCCGCAAAGCGGCCGUGCGGAUGACAGUUUGUCGCCGAGAGUUAUUCACGUUCAUAUGAUUAUUACCUGGAUUUUUUAAAUCAGUCUUGUCCAAUAUAUGAUGAGUCUCAUGCUGAAUGCAGCCACUUCCUUUUGGACUGGAGAUUUUCUGCUCCGUACUGUUUUUGCGCCAAGUGAAAAUGUUGGUGCACCGAAGACCCGGCAGGAGGAAUCGUAAAAAAGGACGCGUCCGUGGGGAUUACUUAUAAGGCAGUCUUUGGUCGGCUGGGCAAGCCCAGAUUUUCAUGAACAGCCUAAUGAUGUGAAGCGUGACCUCUGCAGCCGGCUUAGGCAGCGAUCCAUUAACUUAUACGAAAUGCCCCGUCUGGAGGAAAUCGCAAACGUCGCACUGAGGGUGCCCAGCAUCUUGGUGCUGGACCUGUUAUACAAAUGUGACAUGGACAGCUUCACGGAGCACCUCAGGGCGAGAAACGAGGACAUGCUGUUUAAAUAUAAAUAUGUGGUGUGGAAUAUGUAUUACGUCGGCCACCUGAUCAGCGUGGUGCUGCUGGCCCUCCCCCUGAGGCACAUAGUGGGGCUUUACCUGUACGUCUUGACAGCUCUGCUGCUCUACAUGGGGCACCAGAUCUCCAGAGAUUAUGUGCGUGGAGAGGUGCAAUAUGGGUAUGAGGGUGCUGUCUAUCUUGAUUCUUUGGCUUUCAACCGCUUUGUCACCGCACUCACAAGCCAAAUCAUCCUGAGCACACUGUGUGCCUUCCUCAUGAGGACCAGACAGGUGUGGCUCUUCUCUGCUCACCUACUCCCCCUGCUGGCGCGGCUGUGUGCCGUGUCCCACUCCACACUGGUCACAGUCAGCUCCUUUGCCAUGGUCCUCACGGGCAUUGAGGCAGCCAUCUUCCUCCUCUCCAACUUCUUUGUGCCCUAUCACCUGGCUCGGACUGUGUACAGGGAGUUCCAGCAGCUGGAGGCAGUUGAACUUUACAGGCUGCUUGCUGUGGGAAUCUCCCUGUGGAACCAGUUUGCUGUCCCUACGCUCUUCAGCGUCUUCUGGUUUGUGCUGUUCCUGGUCCAGAUAUACUCUUAUGCCACAGCCAGCAAUAAUUUUGUCAGCCACCAGGGGGUGCUGUUUGUGUUGCUUACCAGCGUCUCCGAGUGCUGUGCCACACCGUACUCCCUGCUGGGCCUCACCUUCGUGGUCUCCUACCUGGCGCUGGGCCUGCUAAACCUCUGCAAGUUCUACCUGGGGGGCUACGCAGCCGUACAGAAUGAGAACGUCAUGCACAGAGGUGUGACGGAGGGGGUGACCCUACUCCUGUUAGCCCUCCAGACCGGCCUCCUGGACAUGCAGGUGUUACAGCGUACCUUCCUCCUCAGCAUCAUCCUCUUCAUCGUGGUCACCUCCACCCUGCAGUCCAUGAUAGAGAUCACCGACCCCAUCAUAUUAGCACUGGGAGCAUCUCGAAACAGGAGCUUCUGGCGGCAUUUCAGAGGCCUCAGCAUGUGUCUCUUCUUAUUACUCUUCCCGGGGUUCAUGGCUUAUAAAAUUUCGCAGUUCUUCCACAUGGACUUUUGGCUGCUUAUCCUGGUGUCCAGCUGCAUGCUGACCUCCCUACAGGUGACUGGUACCCUGCUGAUCUACUCGCUCUUCAUGGUGGAGCUGGUGCGGCAGGACCCGAUCGAGAGCCUGGACGAGAUCAUUUACUGCGUGAACGCGGUGAGCCGCGUUCUGGAGUUCCUGGUAGCACUGUGCGUGGUCGGCUACGGCACUUGGGAGUCGCUGGUCGGCGAAUGGAGCUGGAUGGGUGCCUCCGUCAUCAUCAUCCACUCCUACUUCAACGUCUGGCUGCGCGCCCAGUCCGGCUGGAGGAGCUUCCUGCUACGCCGGGAGGCCGCCAAGAAGAUCAACUCCCUGCCCCGGGCUUCUGCGGAGCAGCUGCGCCACCUCAAUGACGUCUGCGCCAUCUGCUUCCAGGAGAUGAAUUCUGCCGUGGUCACACACUGUGGCCACUUCUUCCAUGGAAAUUGUCUGCGCAAGUGGUUGUACGUCCAGGAGACCUGCCCAAUGUGCCAUCAACCUAUCAAACCCACCAUGUCCUCCACGUCUACGGGCAAGGCCCAGCCUGAGGAUGAGGCCCCAGCUACCCCAGUGGAGAGUAGGAAUGGGGCAUGUCCAACACUUGGCCAUGAAAAUCAAGCUUCUAGGGCAACAGUUGGUCCAGAGCAGGCUCCCCAGUGUUCUAUAAAUCAGCUGCCUGAGGAAGUUGGUACAAGGGAAGAUGAUCUCAAUACCUCGGGUGACCAGGAAGUAUCAUGUGACCUCAAUAAAAAAUUAUCUUUGGAUCUCUGCUUCAGUCCUAGUGACAUUGCGGGCUUUGCUGACUCAGGAAAAAUGCCUGUCACAGGGGGCUUGAGUGUAGAACUGCUGAGGAAAUCCUGCGAGGAUGACUUCCUGGAUGCCAGAAGUUGUCCAGGUGUACCUGGCAUGCAUCCUGUCGAAAUGGCAGGUGGGAUGCAGCCAGAAGGAAGUCGCCUCUCUGAGACCCUGAAAAACAGACCUGAUGGAUUAUCGAGGUCCUUCAACAGCCUAAAAAAUGAAGAGGAUGCAGGGGAAAGGAGAGGUCCUCUGGUGGAAGCUGGUCACGAUGGCCUUGAUUUGAGUGAGCCACUCCAUGAUGUGAAGACCGAUCAGGUUUUGGCUCAAAAGAGUGACCUUGAGGGUAGCACCUUGAUUUGCAUCGACAGCCAAGGACGAUUCACUGCCAGAGGCUCUGAGGGCCUGUCUGAUGUGCUUCCAUGCAGAGAGGAGAUCAGUCCGUCGGACCUGAUGCUCCAGAACCUGCCGGACUACGAGUUAAAGGGAAAGAAGUACCAGGAACUUGGCUGUGUUCCCCGUAGCGUGGAGAGCAAGGCUGUGAGACCUAAUGAUGGGGGCACCAGCAAAGGGGUGAGCCCAGAGUGUAGCAGUGCCUCAUAAGCAGCUAGUGGAAGCUCCAGCCAACAUCCCAAACACGAAUGCCUUUUGUACAGGACAGAGUCUUUGAAUGUGUUGCCUUUACUCAUAUCUGGCCAAUUUGUCCAGACAUUUGUGUUGAUCAGAGAAAUGGGGAAAUUCCCUAGUAUAUAUAAUAAUGAAGAUACAACCAAUCAUGGUUUACUUGAAACAGAACUGAACAAACUAAAUUAAAUUUUGGACAUGCUAUAGAACUAAGCCACUUUUACAUAGCAUAUAAAUUCAGAUUGGUACUGUUUCAUUAAUUUGUAUUUGAUCUUUUCUACAUGUUCCUUAUUUUGCUAUUGUGACUUUUUUACAUCUUGUUCAACGUUGUUCUACAUUUAAUCAAGACUUUAAAAGCAAAUUAAUAGGAUCAUUGUGUUUCAUUUUUUUUCCAGAUUGAAAUAAGAUAUAGUAGCAUUCUUUUAAUGUUUUAGUUUUAUUAAAUGCUAUAUUUCUUGUUUUCCCAAAGCCAAUUCUUAGUUUAGAUGUAGAAUGUUGUAUGCUCUCUGGGUGUUAUGCAUCAAUUUUUGUUGGACUUAUGAAUGAUUGAUUUUGGUAUGUUUGGUACAAGUCUGCCUUUAAAAGCACAAAUAUUACCAAGGAAACCUCGGGUGAAGUGGAGCUUGCCGUCUCAGAACUGUGAUGUACUACAAAAAAAAGAAAAAAAAUCCUAUGACUAUAAAGGGUACAACCAUAGAA